UCAAUCUCAACCGUUUAAACCAAUUUUCACUUACCAUUUUUAACCUCCAAAUUUCACCGAGUUUACCACAACCUCUCUCUCCGAUUCGAUUGUGAAAAAAAUGAAGUUGGAAUCUCCGACGGAGUCCACGGCGAGCAGCCUCCGGCAAUCCGCGUCCUCGGCGGUGGCGGAGGAGUUAAUGGAGAUGGAGACCAAGCCAUUGCUAACCAAGGUUCUCAGCUAUCCUCCCGCUGCUACUGCAAGCAUCGGCCAGCGUCGCCGAACAAAAUCUUCGCCGGCGACGCCGCGUCCCAGCCGCCAGAACUCGUUCAGCCGCGAUAUAGGCCACGCCGCCAAGGAGACCUACCUGGUGACUAGCCUCAGCUUCACGCUGCUUCAAUACCUCGGGGUAGGCUACCGGUGGAUCACAAGGUUACUUGCUCUUUAUUGUUAUGCCAUGUUACUUAUGCCUGGAUUUCUUCAAGUUGCAUAUCUUUAUUACUUUUCAAGCCAGGUCCAGCGUAGUAUUGUUUACGGAGAUCAACCAAGAAAUAGGUUGGAUCUGUAUUUUCCGAAAAAUACUGAUGGGAAAAAGCCUGUUGUGGUGUUUGUGACUGGUGGAGCCUGGAUUAUUGGGUAUAAAGCAUGGGGUUCUCUUUUAGGUAUGCAGUUGGCUGAGAGAAACAUCAUAGUGGCAUGCAUUGAUUACAGAAAUUUUCCCCAGGGUACCAUCAGUGACAUGGUUGAAGAUGCUUCCCGGGGUAUAUCAUAUAUCUGCAACAAUAUAGCAGACUAUGGAGGUGACCCUGACAGAAUCUAUCUAAUGGGGCAAUCCGCUGGCGCACAUAUUUCUUCUUGUGCUCUUUUGGAGCAAGCGAUCAAAGAAUCUAAGAAGGAAGAGAUCUCUUGGAGCGUCUCUCAGAUAAAGGCUUACUUUGGUUUAUCUGGCGGGUAUAAUUUAUUUAAUUUAGUUGAUCACUUUGAUAGUCGUGGACUGUAUCGAUCCAUUUUCUUAAGCAUUAUGGAAGGUGAAGAAUCCUUCCAUCGAUUUUCUCCUGAAGUUAGGGUACAGGACCCAGGCAAUAAAGAUGCUGUUUCUAUCUUGCCUCCUAUCACUCUGUUCCAUGGAACUGCAGAUUAUUCUAUACCAUCAGAUGCGAGUAAGAUUUUUGUAGAUGUUCUUCAAAGGGUAGGAGCUCAAGCUGACUUAGUUCUAUAUGAUGGAAAGACCCAUACAGACUUGUUCCUUCAAGAUCCCUUAAGAGGUGGUAAAGAUGAUUUGUUUGACCAACUAGUUGCUGUAAUACAUGCCGAUGAUAAGGAAGCUCUUGAGCAAGAUGCUGUGGCGCCUCCUAGAAGGCGCCUUGUUCCUGAGAUCUUGUUGAAGUUGGCAGGCAACAUCAGCCCCUUUUAGGCCUCAAACUUGUCAUUGUUUUUCACAAAAACCAAUUAGGUAGACAGAAAGAGGAGGAUUCUAACAGUUGGUGGAGAGAUUCAAAUCAUUUUGGAUAGUGACUACAAUGAGGUGGUCUAUACGUUGAAGUUACAGAUGAGUAGUGGCCUCAGAAUAUAAUCCGGAGAUUUAUACUUGUAAUCUUAUCAGCAUUCUUGUUCUUGUAUUAAUCUAUGAUGAAUAUCUUAUUUUCUUAAUCUAAAGAUGGAAAUAUUUCAUUUU